CAAAAAUAUUCGACAAUUUCAAAAAUUGUUAAUUAAUAGUUGAAAUCAACUUAAAAGAUGAUAAUACACAUAUAAACGGAUAAUUUAUAGGAUAAACUGAUUGACUGGAUUUAUAUAGAUUGUUUGAAACAAGCAAAAAUAAAAAAUAAAUAGAGAGAGAAUUAAGAAAAAGAAGAAUUAAAUAGAAAUGGAUUUUCUAAGCCUUUUUGAUCCAUCCGAUGAGACGCAGACGGAUGAUACGGAUGAGACUGAGACAUUUAGCAGUAGUGACACAGAAUCGAUUGACAUAAAUGCAAAACUUCCACCAGAACCCGAAUAUGGAAAUAUCGAGUAUAAGUUGAAGCUUAUAAAUCCUUCAAAGCAAAGAUUGGAUCAUCUUGUGACACAAAUGAAAUGGAGAUUACAAGAAGGAAGCGGUGAAUGUUUUUAUCAAAUUGGUGUGUCUGAUAAUGGAGUCAUGAAUGGAUUAUCAAAUGACGAUAUGAAUUUAUCAUUAAAAACAUUAAAAGUUAUGGUUUGUCAAUUGGGUGCAACAAUGUCAAUACUUAAACGAAAGCACUUGCAUAAUGGACGAACAUGUUGUGAGGUUCUUGUACGAAAGAUGUCGGAUACAAAGAAUAUAGAAGAAAUUAGAAUUAGUGUGAUGGGAAGUGUUGAUGCUGGAAAAAGUUCAUUAAUUGGUGUAUUGACACAAGGUGAACUCGAUAAUGGACGUGGAAAAGCUAGACUGAAUAUGUUUCGUCACUUUCACGAAAUUAAAUCUGGCAGAACGUCUUGUGUGUCUCAUGAAGUUCUUGGUUUUGAUGAGUGCGGUAAUGUAAUCAAUUACAAAUAUAAUGAAAUGAUGACGGCUGAAAAGAUUGGCGAGAGAUCAUCAAAGCUAAUUAGUUUAAUGGAUUUGGCGGGUCAUCGACGAUACAUGAAAACGACAGUUCAAGCAGUAAGUGGAUAUGCCCCGCACUUUAUUGCACUUGUAGUCGCUUGCGGCAAUCUUAAUCAAAUGACUAUCGAAAAUAUCCAAAUUAUUAAAGCUUUCAAGAUUCCUUUCUUUGUAAUUUUGACAAAAUGUGAUCUCGUGUCACCUGACGAUUCUGGAACUUUAAAGCAAUUAAUUCAGUUGCUCAAUGAAGUCGAUAAUAAGAAAAUUCCUCUAGUCAUUACAGCAACAGACAAUUUUCGUCUAUUAGACAAUGUAAAUGGUAAUAAAUAUAUCCCAAUAUUUUGUGUGUCAAACGUCACUGGCGUUGGACUUGACUUAGUACAAAAGUAUUUGUAUAUGCUUACACCAAAUAUCAAUGAAGGUGAGCGACAGCGAUUAGAAAAGGAAAGUCCUGAAUUUCAUAUUGAUGAAAUUUUUCGAGUACAAGGUGUUGGUACUAUUAUCGGUGGACUACUCGUGAAAGGCUUAAUUUAUGAAAGAAUGAAAGUUAAGUGUGGACCAGGUCCAAAUGGUGAAUUUUAUAAAGGACAAAUUAAAUCUAUACAUCGCAAUAAAUUUCCUUGUAAGAAUAUUCGACCAAAUCAAAGCGCAUCAAUUUGUUUGGCAUUGAACUCUAAGGAAAAGCUGCCAAUUCUUCGAAGCGGCAUGGUAUUGAUUGCUGACAAUGACGAUAGCGAAAUGUCUAGUGUAUUCUUUCAAGCGACAAUUGCCGUUAUUCAACAUUCAAGUCUCCGAGGAAUAAAGAAGGGAUUUCAAACGACAGUUCACAUGGGCAGUAUUCGUCAAACAGCUGUUGUAGAAGGCAUAUUCGGACGUGAUUCGCUGAAAUCAAAUGAAACUGGUUCGUGUUUAUUUCGAUUCUUAAUAAGACCUGAAUUCGUCAAGGUAGGAAUGUCACUGCUCUUCCGCGAUGGAAAGACAAAAGGUGUUGGUGUUGUUACUCAAAUUUUUCCAUUACACGAUGACUAAAUGCUUGAAUUAUUGGAUUUUAAAGCACUAAAGAAAGAAAAUUUUUAUCGCACCGAUUUUACUCAACUUUCAAUUAGUUUUUUUUUUGAUUAAUGAAGGAUGAAAUGAAUAAACAGAUAAGAUGUAGGUAGAUAGAA